UUGUGUGGGACACAGUCUUUUUCCUCCCGUCGUCCAACCACUUCAAAAAAUUUUGAAAUUUUGUGAAAUAAUUUUGUGGUGGGGACCGUGUCAAAGGUCAAAAGAGGUGUGACAUGUGAGCACCCGUCACGUCUAAGGCAGAAUUAAUAUGUAGCGUGGUAAAUAUUCGUUCAGAGCUGGACUCGGUGGACGGAGGGACAAUAAAGUAGACAGGAUUCGAGUGAUUAUUCGAGUUAAUUUUAUUUUAAUUACUUAAUCACUUGUCCUUUGUGCUUGUGAAGGUGUAGAAAUGUUGAAAAUCAGAGCCUUGAAUGAGUCAAGUAGCAGCAGCGAGGAGGAAGACGAGGAUAAUCCAAGACUUAGUGUAGAAGCGCAGGAGUCACAGGCGAAAUUGUUGUACGAAAAGGCUCAGAAAUUAACCAUAAAUCAAGAGUAUGAACAAGCGGUGGAAAUAUUUGUGGAGAUUUUACAACUACCUUACCUGAACGUUUCGGAAUCAGAAAAGAAGACGUUAUCUCCAGUCCAACUUCAGCUUCGCUUAGGUUGUUUGAAAUGUCUCAGUACAUUAUAUACAUCCGGCGCGACGAAGAACUUGGAGGAUGCUACCGCCGUUCUUGAACUUAUUACGGAACUGGAGCCGAAAAAUGUCAACUUCUGGUAUCGCUUGGGAAAGGUUGCGUUGGAGCGGAAAGAGUUGGAACUUGCCUACGAUGCUUUCACCUCCGUCUUGGAUUGCAGUCCAGGCCAUUGGGGAAGUAUUGAAAACUUGGUUACCAUCUCGUUCGCCCUGCACGACCUUUUAGGCUGCCUCCGCUUCUGUGCGAUUGGGCUGGCUAAAGAUUCUGGAUUUUUGAAGGGUCGCAUCUUCAAGAAUGAAGUGUUCAAGUGUCACUCCUGGACGGAGGAUGCUGUCAAAGGGAGGACUGAGUAUGAAUCCCUCUUCUCUGAAUCACCAAAACUCGCCGCCUUGACCGAACCGGAUAUACAAAAGUAUAUCAGUGAAGCUAGACGACUUAUGAGCCAAGUUUCCCAAGAGAAAUUACAACGUAGGAAGGAGGAAGAGGACGAAGCUAGUAAACCUUUGAAAUGUCCGUUUGCCUUAAAAUCGCUCACUCUAUCUGAACUAGGAAAUACUGUUUUUGAUGUUUAUCAUCACCUGAAAGAAUCUGGGACCUUACUUCGACUACUAGACCUUGCUAGUGCACAAACUCUCGUUGCCACCAGCACAGAAGGCGCUACCACUAAGAACACAAUAGAAACUCCACUUCAAAAUGGAAAUUGCUCCCAAGAACUUGGUAACUGUGCAUCUGUUACGAUGCGAAGUCGAAGCACGAGUGAUGAUAAGGACCCGAUUCAAAGAGAUAGUGGAAACGAUUCAAGCAGGCCAGCGAAUGAUAAUUCACAAAUGGUAAGCGAGUCCGAAGAUAAGAUGAAUGAAGACGACUCUCAAAGCGCAAAUCCAAACCUGCAAGGAUGCUCGACGGAAGAAGAGGCGAAUUCACAACGAGGAAAGAACAGGAAAGGAGGUGUGAAAUGGUGGCAGAUUGAAGGACAGCGUAGAUCUCAACGGGUGCGCGGAAACAUGGUGACUGCCCCUGUUAAAGCCAAACCGGCGAAUACGUUUGCCGAAAUGUUGCGAAACAUUAUUCCUGAGGCUCUUUUGGUUGACGAAACUAAUAGUCCCACAAAGAAGGAUAAGAAUACAUAUCAUCAACACCAGCAGAAAUUAUCAUCCUCCAGCAGUAGUAAAGUCACUAACCCGAAUCAAUACUACUUUGGAUCUAGUGAAGAAAAUAGUGACGUUAAAAUGCUCAUUAGUCAAUGGAAGUGUGUCGACAUUUUAAGAAUAAUAACUCAAUAUGUUCGCUGGUUGGCUCGAAACUGUAAAGCACAGUGGCCCACAGAGUUGAGAACAAUUUUCACAAAGUUGUACCACCUAUAUCGCAACAGUGUUCCUACCGAGUGCACCCUUGAUCCCGUUAUUGAGAGUGCAAAUUUGGACGUUGAAGACGACUGGUUUACCAUCCUUGCUCAAGCCGAACUUGCCCUGGAUGCGAGCAGUUGUCCCAACCCGACAAAUAUGUUCUUGCUAGAGAACGCUGCGAAAAGUGGGAUUUUAAAUGAAGAUUUUUUACUCCGCGUGGAAUGGUUCAAGUUUAAGAAUCACCUUCUUCAAGGAAAAGAUGAGAUUACUGUUGACCAUUCCUACACAAAACUUCAUCUAAAUUUAAUUCUCGAAAUGUUGAAAAACAAGCCGGACGGAUUUAUUUGUGUGCUUCCAACCGAAGUUGAUUUUGUGAUAUCCUCUCCCGUAAUUAUUGACAAGUUGCAGUACGUUCAAAAAAUUGAAAAGUUGAGCAAAAUUGAAAAACUGUAUGAAACUAAGCAAUUUGAAGAUUUAGUUGAAAUUCUCAACUUUAGUCUUUCCGUCGAUUCUUCAGAUGAUGUGCAGAAUCGGAUCUAUUUAACUGAAUCAUAUUUUCAUCUCGGCAGGAUCGAAUGUGUCGAACAUUGUGACCUAGUUUUGCAAACUUUGACAAAAAAUGGGUCCGAAGAGAAGUUACUCUCAAUUCUCAAACUCCUUCGUGACAUUUGGGAAGGAAUGAAGUGUAAAAUGGAAACAAAAGAGUUCAAAAUGAUGAUAAACACAUUGCUCAAAAUCCUGAUCCGUGUGGAAAAGCAGGAACAGUGUUCUCACAGUUUUCUCAUCACGGAACCUUGGUGCCUCCUUCAUGCUGUGCUCUACCACUUGGAACAAAUUGAGUCCGCACUGUUCAUCGAUGAAGAAACGGUGCCUGGGUCCAUCCUCAUUUUGCAACUGGGGCACGAGAUUCUCAGCAAGAGUGGGAAAUGUUCCAUGAACGAGGGACACUUUUUGUCCUACUGUAUCGCCAUACUUUUAGAGCUCGCAGGGACCGACAUGUACUGGGCUUUUGAGGAGACGAAGACCUGUCUCGACCAAGCCAUCCUCUGCAUGUACUCUCAUCCCAGUAAAAAGUUUAAGCUCAAAAAUUUAAAGGAUCACGGAACAUCAGGCAUUCCCAUGAAUUGGUCGGCCUGCUGUCAGCUCUAUAAGUACUACCAGUUGGACGAACUGCCUGAAUUUGACAGUAAACCGAGCAAGUCUAUAAGUGCCGAGGUGGAGAAUUUAUUCCAAAGAAUUAUUACCGAGAUGCCAGCACAAUUUAAGUCACAAGAGCGUUAUGAGCAGAUCAAGGAGUAUAUCAAGGGAAAUGGACCUUCGGACGUUGUAUUUGAACCGAACGAGUCAGCAGAGAAAUUAGAAACUUUCGACAUUUACUAUUUACUUGCAGAUUUCUACUUUAAGAAUCAAGAUUUACAGAAAGCAGUGGAAUUUUACAUCUGGGAUUUAACCGUGUGUCCUUUAAGAUUCGAUUCCUGGACAGCUAUUGCCCUAACGAAGACGGAGGAUGUCGUUUCGAAAAUUAAUGCCUGUGAUGCCUUCAAAGUUGACGACGUCAUUGUCGAGUCGGACGCUGUGAUUAGAUGUUUUCAACAAUCUGUUAAUCUCGAUAUGACCAAUGCAAAAGUUCGGAUUGAAUUUGGUUCAUUUUUAUACGCGCUGCAUUCCGUUUUUACCCGUGAGAUGAAUCUGCACAAGGACAAGUUGACACCAGAACUUGUGGAGGAGGUGCAGAUGAGGCAUUCGACGUAUCUCCUGAGAUCAAAGAGUUUGUUUGAGCCGUACAAAGUGGGAGGACCGGAUGCUCCAAGGGAUAAAACGGAUGAGGACGAUGCCUGGAUUAAUCACUACAUGUUGGGGAAAGUUGCAGAGAAAACUAAUUCGACGGAGCCGACGAUAUUUAUUUCUCAGUAUGUCUUGGCUGGACAACUUUUGCAUGCAAAAUGCUCCACGUAUCCAUCUCGGAUCAACUACUAUAAUCCUCCAGAUUUCGCUUUGGAAGCUUUGGAAAUUUAUUUUAGAAUUCACGCGAGUAUUCUAAAGUUUAUAAAACAUAUUCAAGAAGAUAGCAAUAAAGAGUGUGAGGAUAUGUUGUUAAAAUUUCUGAAGGAUGCGGAGGAGAGUCCCUUUAUGAAAUCCAAGCAAGGCCGAGGUACAGAUGGGGAGAAUAAAAGAAAAAAGGCUGCUGGGUCAGAAGAAACCAUUUCAAGAAGGGAGAAGACCAUAAUUAACUCUGUUAUGCAACAAAUUUUGGACCAAGUUGAAACUAUGGUGGCUGCUGAGGUUCCGUCUUCUUCCACAGCGGGAGCUGUAUCGAAUUCGUCGUCCAACUCUUCAACAGAAACCACAUCGUCCAGUGAGGAAGACUCGAACCCCGUCACCGCCAACACCACCAUUCAACCUGCACCUCCCGCCUUGCAGAAUCUGUCUUUAUCUGCAUUCCGGGAUCGUAUUCGAGCCGAAGAGGAGUCAAAUUUAAAGAGCAAGAUAUCCGAAAAUAAUUCAACUAGUAAAACUCCCGAAACUUCGCAAAAUGUGAAGAAAUCUUCUCCAGAGGAAAAGAAUCAUGCGGAGAAAAAUCCAUUCUUUAAAGAUUUUGCUUCUGUCCGGUACGGAUUAGUGAUUUCAAUGUGUCUCAAAGCUAUGAAGGAGUGCGUGUCGCGAUGUCCUCAGUAUUUUAAAGCAUUCUAUAAAUUGGCGAAUGCCUAUGUCUCCUUCAAAAAAGAUUAUAAGAAGGCGAAAGAAUAUUUAAUGGGAAAUAAUUUCACUGGCACAAAUAAAGUCACGGGAUUGUACGGCGAGAGAAAACCGAGCAACUUUUUUAACGGAAUUUGGAGACAUCCCAUCGAAGAUAUUGACCGUCCUGGAAGUUUUGCUUUUUACAUGUCGAAAUCCAUGUCACUCUUGUUGAUGGUUCUUACAAAAUUACAAGAUCAUCAAAUGCUGGCCGACGUUGGAAUUCAACUAGCGAAAGUUCCAGAUUCCAAGAAUACCUAUUUGUACACCGAAGAUAGAGAACAGUAUUCAUCAGAAGCAUUUAAGCUUUGCGAAGCUUCAGCUAGGAAGUCCCUCUCACUGGCAAAACCAGCAACGAUGUUGGAAUGCGGUUUGAGUAUUUAUGAUACGUAUACAAAAUUUCAAAAGUUUAAUGCCAAGGAGAAUUAUGUUGCUCACGUGUUAUUGGAAGUUUAUAAACGACACUCGUCAGCAGUUAGAAUGAGCAUUCUUUCUGAAGAACCCGUUCUCGCAGAUGCGGUCCGCUUUUUUCAACAGAUUGUUUGGAGUACUUGCACAAAGACCUCGAAGAACAGCAUGAUCGGAUAUAAUCCUCCAAGGUCAGCAGAAACCGUUGGAAGUAAACUACUGGCUGAGAGAUCGUUACUAAACCCAAGCGGAACUCUCACCAACAACAACAUGCUCACACCACUAUCACAGAAACAACCAAUUAUGAAGCGACGUUUGUCAGAUGGAACCACUCGAGAAGAAACCUCUGUCAAAAGUGGUCAGAAUUCUAUGGUGGGACCAAUAACUCCACAACCACUUCAUCCAAUGGAGUGGCUGAACUAUGACCCUUCGGCAGCCGACAUGAUGCUAGCAGCCCAAUUAGCUUCAUACAACAAAGUGCUACAACAGCAAAUCCAAACUUUUUUGACUCGCAAUUCAUCCAUGCUUGACAUGGGGUUAACUGAUCGAAGUGGAGGCCUGUCUGUUGACAAUAACACCAAGCAAAAUCAUAAUAAUCAAAGGCUUGAUUUUUCAUCUGGAAAAGUAAAUGAUGAAAAUAAGACCAAGAAAUUACAAACGAAUACGAAUGCUCAGCAGAUGCUGCCUAAUCCGUUCAAUUCCGAUGCGUCGUCGACAAACAACGACAGAAAGGAUUCUACAAAGCAAAUGAUUUCAAAUAUGUCCAAAUCCAUGACUAAAAGAACAUCUGAAACUAGGAACAGUAUUAAUGACGCCAGCCGAACUAAUCUGGUAAAAAAACGACAACAGCAACAACAACAACCGCAGCAAUAUAAUAAUACUAACAAUGUCCCCCAACAGCAGCAGCAACAACAACGUUUCGAACCUUCAUCAUCGACUACUACUCCUUCGCGUGGGCUGAAAAAUAAAUUCAAACCGCCCAGAAACAUUGCACAACUUGGGGCACAACUGAAUAAAAUGCAGAGUGAGAAAACCCGUGUCGAAAUUCCGACUAUAUCACAGAUUCAAACUCUGAAGAGUCCAUCCACACUCAACAAGGAAUACCCAGGCAUCACUACUUCCAAGGCUAGCCCCUCUACAUCAACAUCAUCGUCUUUAAUGCCAUCCAAAAUUCUUUCUCUCCCAAAACCCAAACCUACCAAACAGACCUCAAUUCCCCCCAACUUGAUCUCCCCACCAUAUCUAUCAUGCUCUCCGUUUCAAGCACAGGCCACAGCCAUGGUAAACCCCGCUAUUCCCGGAAGACUUUCGAAGAAUGGGUCACAAUCGAGCUUAAACUCAAGUAAUGCUUCUCCACAACCUGCCCAUUCUCAAGCCGUGACACAACCACGGUACAGCAUAGCUUCCAAUCUUCCAGGACAUUUACAACCCUCGCGGGUCUUCCCCAGACUAACGAGUACCGCACCGCAACCCGAAGUUGUCGAUUUGACAACAAAAUCCAGUCCGGAAAAAAAUACAAAUACAAACACUAAAUCUAGUCAGCAAAGUUUCUCAACCAAGUCCGGACUGGAUAUUACUCGGUUGGAAAAAUCGUCAUCAAAUUCUCAACCUCAGAUUAUCGAGACCUCAUCAGUCACUUUAACCAAAGUUUCCACUACAACUACAAAUAUUAAUAACAGUAAUUACAAUAAUAAUACUAAUAGCAAUAAUAACAACAAGCCCAAGGCUUCGGGAAAAAUUGACGUUACCACGUGCAGUAACGAAGAACUUUGGGAUCUCUACAUGCAAACACACAAGCCGUAUAAUCCCAUUGUAACUACUACAAAGUCCUCCACUGAUCUUGUGAAACCCUUGAUGAUGAUACCCAAGCCUCCUUCAAGACCCUCCAUCACCAAGACGACCACUCCCCUGAACAGCAUGGGAGGAGGUGGAAUAACGAACAGUACUCAAGUCUACAAGACUCCCACUAUAAUGUCCACAUCCUACAAUCCUUCUCCCACCGUAAUCACGAAUCUAAAAACCCAUAAUAAUAGUAAUAGUAAGCCAGCCCAAGACUUGACACCGAAGGUUAUCCUGACAAAUUCUAAUAAAAAUAAUAAUCGUUCGUCUCUAACGUCGCAAAACGUCUCCUCAUCUGCACCAUCAUCGUCAUCCUCGAUGUCCCGCGGCCAGAAACGACAACUACCAGCCGACCAACCUCGUUACCCACUUCCUCCCAAGAAGAAGCAUCACAUCAUUCCGACAAGUCCUCCCCCCGUGGUCGACCUUGGUGAAGACGUUGAAGUUAUUACUCUUGAAUAAUACUCAUUAUUAUGUUGUAUAAUCACCUCAAUUUUAUUUUAUCAAGCGAAUGUUCAAUUUCAUUUUAACAAUUAUUUUAACACUUUUUAGCUUUGAGCCCACACAAUACUUUUUAUCUGGUCCUUUAACAUAAAUUAUUUGUAAACACUGCGUUAUACACUUUAAUUUGGUAUUAUUAUGAUUUAUAAAGCUUUUCCAAAAUGAGAAAUACCCGAUACCCAGACUUGACGAGAAGCCUUGUACGGAUUUUUGAUUAACUUUACGGUUUUGUUUCUCUUUACAGGGCAAAAUUGUUGUGGUGGACCCUUCCGCUACACCUAAUUGAUCUGUGCCAACAAUAUAAACUGCACACAACGACAUUAUUAUAAUAAUUCAAAUGAUAACGAUUGUUCACAGUAUUCGCAAUACAUUCAUUGAUAAGACUGAUUAUGGUUAAGGUAUUGCCUCCUGUAAAAUUAGUUGACCAAGUGGCCGGUGUAUUUAAGAGCAAGUAUUUAAACUAUAGAGUAAGUUUUGACUUGUUUUUUUUUGUCCUGUAGACUCCCUCCACCCAUGAUAAGUAGUUAUAUUUUAUGAUGAUUAAAUAGAUGAUUUAAGGUAUGGCAUUUAAUGUAAAUUUACAUAUGCAGGGAUUACAUUUUGCUACAAAUAUCUGUAUUAUGCUCAAGUUUAUAUAAACCAAUGUAUGUUUUAGACUUUUGAUACGUAAUCAAUUUAUAAAGAAUGUGAACUUGUAAUGAUGAUUAAGAGAUUUGCAUUAAUAAAAAAAUAUGACAACUCUCAAA